UCUUCAGAGCACAAAAAUGUCAGCUUCACAAGACAGCAUGAACGCCACUUCCCAAAACACACCUAUAAAUCUUCAAAAUUACCCCAUACCACUCUCCCCUCCAUUGAAUCCACUAUCAAAGGAGAUGGAACUAGCUAGAGCUAUGUCUGCUUCUUCAAGAUCAAGUCUUUUUGCUUUGUCUAAAAGUGAUGUUUUAUAUCAAGAUAAGUGGCUUAUUGCUGUUAACAAGCCUCAAGGUGUUUAUUGUGAGACAGUGUUGGACUCUGUCCCUCAAGUUCUUGAUUGCUUGGUUGAGUCAUCUGGACUCGAUGAAGGUCCUGUGGCGAGGCCAGAGCUCCAUCUUGCCAAUCGACUUGAUCGUGAUACAAGUGGUGUGAUGGUUAUUACAAAGUUGCAUAAAGUAGCUUCGAAGCUUGUAAAGGCAUUUACCGAUCACAAAGUUAGGAAAACAUACAUUGCUCUGUGCAUCGGUUCAGCUCCAAAAUGGGAAAAGAUUACUAUUAAAUCAGGUCAUGGUCGAUCAAAGUUUGGAGCGUUUCGCGUGUAUGCGGCAUCAGAUGUGGGCCGAUCAUUGCCAGGUGGGUCCACAGUUAAGCACAUGGAAACUUCGUUUGAAGUACUGUCAAUAAAUGGGCAAGGGAGCUUCAGAGAGCCAUCUGAAUUUAACAGUGAUAACAUUUUAGUUGUUGAAGAAAAAGCUGUGAUAGAUACUGAUGCAAAGAAAGAUGAGAUUUUGGUAAGAGCGUUUCCUCGGAGUGGAAGAACACACCAAAUCCGCUUGCAUUCUCAGUAUCUUGGAAUUCCUAUAAGGGGGGAUGUGAAAUAUGAGGGUGUGUGUGAGUGGAAGGGAAGAACAUAUGACGGCCAUGAACUUCAUGCAGAGAGCUUGUCUCUUGAGCAUCCUGUUACUGGUCAGCCCCUAAUGUUUCGUGCACCUAUGCCUGUGUGGGCUACCCAGAUGGUUUAGCCAUUGUAAAAUUAAAUAGGCCUCCUUUAAAUUCUUUCUAGAAGUUCUGGCUUUGGAAGAUCCCUGGCAGUUCGUGAGAUGAUAGAACCAUACUGAUUACUUAAUUCAUUGGUAGGGUGGGAAAUGCACAGAUGGGAUCAUUUAUACAGGUUUUUCCCCCAUAUACUCGAACAGGAGUACAGGGCAUUGAGAAGAUAUCACAGCCUUCAUUUUGGUUAGCUUCAAUGAGUUGUUUUUAAAAUGGGAUUUUGAGGUGCGAAGCACAUGCGAGGACUUAACCAUGCAUAGCUAAUGAUGGAAAUCUCCUUAUCGUUAGACAAUGUUCUUUCUUGAGGAAAAACUAAGACAAAGCCAUUUGCGUCUCUUUGUGUGUCAAUUAUAUUGCUUUGCAAUUCUUCUUCUUUUCAAUCCCUGAACAGGAGAAGAGGCAACAGAUCAACGCAGCCUGUUACAAUAAAAAGCCAGGAUAUGAAUACAAUCAGGUUCAUAAACCCAAAUCUUUAUGUUUCAAAUUUGAAAAGGAUAGGGAGAGAUUUCAAGCUCAAUUACAGUAUUUCAUCUGAUUUUGUUCUCCAUGAAUAUAUGUUUACGGUGUUUGGAGUUGCGGCAAUAACAUCUAGGGUCAACAAACUGCAUUCAUAGUGUUAUAUGCCAUCCUCCAACUUUGAGUUCUAACGUCGUCCUUUGCCUUCCAAGGGCGCCAUAGUCUGACAUCAAGAGCUCUUAUAGUAGAGUUAGCAGAAAUUCGAAACAUUUUGGCUUUCUAUAUUUACUCUAUUUCGUAUAUUUGAAGAGUGGUUGAUUGCAACUAUGAUGAAUAAUUUAACAUGACUUCCAGUUUUAGACUACAAAAUUGCUUUGAAGUUUGAUUUAAUGACUAUUCUUGCACUACUUCAACUA